GGGGGCGGCGGAGCCAUGAGCGAGGUGAAGGUGGCCGUGCUGGGCGGCAGCGGGGCCGGCAAGUCGGCGCUGGCGGUGCGGUUCCUGACCCGGCGCUUCAUCGGAGAAUACGCGUCCGGAGCCGAAUGCAUCUACACCAAGCACUUGUGCCUGGACGGGAGGCAGAUACACCUGGAAAUUUAUGACCCUUGUUCCCAGCCCCAGCAGGGGAAGCUGUCCCUGGCAGAUGAGCUCCACUGGGCUGAUGGAUUUAUCAUUGUCUAUGACAUCAGUGACAGAGCAUCAUUUGCCUUUGCCAAGGCACUGCUCUACAGGAUCCGAGAGUCUCACAUAGGAGUUUGUAAAAAGAUGGUCGAGUCAUCAAUAUUUUUGGUUGGCAAUAAACAGGAUUUAUGCCACAUGAGGGAGGUUGGCUGGGAUGAAGGACAGAAGCUGGCAACAGAUAACAAGUGCCAAUUCUGUGAACUGUCUGCAGCAGAGCACUAUCAGGAGGUUGUGGCAAUGUUCACCAAGGUGCUGAGGAAUAUCACUGCCAAUUCCAAAGUGAAGGAGAAGAGAAGACCAAGCGGUUCCAAGUCAAUGGCCAAGUUGAUCAACAAUGUGUUUGGGAAGAGGAGGAAAUCUGUGUAAGAGAUGGUUAGUCCUGAAGUUGGAACAUGCUGAAAUAAUGGAGCUGAGCUCUUGGGAUUCACUGAAUUUCCUCCAAAGGUCAAUAUGUGGAGGAGUAAGACAGUAGGAGCCAAAGGUGGGAGACAGUAUGGUCUAGACCUGGAAGAUCUGACCUUCUAUUUCAGCUCUGCUGCAGAUUUACUGUAUAGGGCAGUGCCAUUUAAACUCUAAGCUGCUCCAGAGGAGAGGUUUAGUCUGCAUUUAUUCAACACCAGCAUGGUCUCAGAUAGAGCUUCUAGGUGCAACUGAGGUAUAAACAGAUAUAUAAUUUCACAGAUUGACUUCUAUUGGAAAAGACCCUAAAGUCAUCAAAUCCAGCCAUCAACUAAACACUACCAAGUCUAUCAUUAAACCAUGUCCCUAAG